AUGCGGCGGACACCCCUUCUCCAGUGGAUGAAGAUUGUUGAAGGGACGGUUGGUGAGUUAACAUAUCGAUGCAUGUGUGCGAGUACAAGAGAUUUGGCCCAUAGAGAUAAUUCUCUCGUUAUUUCGGCUUGCGCUUUCCAGGGCGAUAGUCGACCAGCCACGGUUUCUAGUGCCUUAAACUCACCGGCCUUUUAGGUGUCGAAUGCGUUUAGCAUUGCUUCACUUUGCCAAUCUCUUUUGACCUUUCGUUAGUGAGACGUCAACCAAGCUUGAAUCAAACAAUUGCCCGAUAAUCAAUCAAAAGGCAGCGUCCGAGGCGAAGCGUCGUCCAGCACGUUGAAAAACAAAGUCUGUUUCCUACAAACCAUUAAUGAACUUAUGUUUUCUUCUUAGAGGAUGGGCCGGAUAGACUUGAGGGUAGAUUUUAGAAUAACUAGAUUUUUAUCACUGGAGGCAAAAAUGUCAGCGACAUUUUACCUGCUUUUUUGGGAAAUAUCGCAUUGAAACGGAACUCCAGUGCUAUUUUUGGACUGACAGUAAUAAUUGCGAACCAGUGAGCUAUUACUGGUUGUUAUUACUUGGCAAUAACUGCUCAUUUAUACUUUUUACUUUGUCUUCCAGCUUAUACUACAGCUAUUAUCAAUUUAGAUUGCAAUCUCGAUCCCAGCUCUAAGCCAACUAAUGAGCGUAUUAGACAUGUUUUGUCUUGUGAGUUUCAUGGAGGUAUUGCUCCUAAUGCAAUAAUAAAAUCCAUUCAAAAACGUUAUACUCUUGAUAUUUUGACUGGAAGAACAUGCGGAAAGUGGUUUUAUGCUUUAGAACCGGGAGUUUAGCCUACAAGCACUAAGAGACUUAAUGGGCUUUUAGUGCUAUUUCUUUCUGCUUUGUGUAAUUUCCGGGAAAAUUAAAAAAGCAAAGGGAAACUGGGGGUUGUAUAUCAGAAAACACACAGACAAUGCUGCUGGGGUGCUGAUGAGUCGAAUCCCUCGCAGCUGCGCCAGGCAGCGGCACAAGGUCGGCGAAACACGCGUGUUUGGGUUUUUAGCUAGCAACUGUGCUGUCAGUAUGGUAAAUGAUCACAUAGUUGUAUACCAGUCCUUUCAUUAGGAGUGAGGAAAUUGGCGCCUGUUUCACUAUCAGUAAUUCGCCUGCCGUGCGUGAAUUGAGAAGAGCUGGAAAAGUGCCUGCGUCGGGAGCACUGAUUCAGUACGACGUGCCUGAAGAGAGUCGUCACACAUGUAAAUUGUUGUGAGGCCCUACUUACGUGGCAGUUUCAAGAUUAAAUUUUAAACAGGGUUUUUUUUCUGGUGACCGGAAAUGGAUCCUUUACCAUAAUGUUAAGAGUAGUCGCUAGUGGAUCAGUCGUGGGGAACGGUCAGUUCAGACCUUCAUCCAAAAAUAUACCGUUGAGUGUACGGAUCAACUUCCGGGGUCACUCCUUAAGAAGCGUUGGAGGAUAAUCAGCCAAUCAGCGGUGUUGUGUAUUGCCAGUGCAUUCGCCGUUUGAAAGCUGUCCUACAGAGACGUAAUUGGCUAUUUAGACGGCAUGCAGAUUAAAUAUAAUGGAGCGCGCAUUCCGCACAGCCCAAAAAACCAGAGGAUAAGCUCACGAACAUGAUGUUGGUUAGGUAAAACAAACACAAAAUAAGUCUAAGACCACUAAAAAGGAAGAGAAAAUGAAAAUCCUGAUAGAAAGGCAAUAUCGAAUAAAAUUUCGUUACUUCCAUAUGCAGCUGACUACCUUCAAGACCUACCGUUUGCUGUUCCUUUAUUAGCUUAACAGGUCUGCUUAUCGACACAUGUCAUUACUACCAUAUCUAACUUUCUAACUUUGCCGGGUGAUCUCUGACAGCUUAUGGCCAUGAGAAAUCCUGAAGCUUGAGUUGGCUGCUUGAAGUUUCAAAAAACUGUAACCAAAAGUCACUCACCUUCUCAUAUUGCCUUACCCUGGAUAUCAGCUUCUUCGUAGUUGUUAAAUCAGGCGUUCUGCAUUAGUCGUCUGAACUGGACACGCAGAACCAGUGCUUCCUCUUGUGCUAUAGCAUACAUGUCAGGGAGGUGGUAACCAAAGUAACUUUUUGCCGAACUAGGACUUAGCCUGAGGAAAUUAUUUAAGCAAUUUUCCCUGAAAUUUCCUGUCGUUUCCAUUUUUUAGGUCGGCAUAGAUUCAUGGCUGUGAUCCAUUUUAAAGGGCGCUAUCGCCCUUUCAUCUGUGAAUUACAUUAAAUAACAGGAAGACACGUCUUACCUCGUUAUAGUAGCCGGUUACUUCAAAAUCCACAUAUCUUGCUGUUUCUGACUUGACCAGAAUUUUUAAUGGCAUCCCCAGGUCGCUCAGUGACAGAAAGCAUCGCCCAAACAAAAUUUCGUAUUACUUCAAUUCAGCAAGAUAAGUAGACCACAUUGUAACUCACUUAUAAUUGUUCGACCAAUCGCCCGAAAGCCUACGGAACAAUUCCGCAAAAAAGGCCAAUUAAUCACUCCGCACAGAUACAGGUUCCUCUCUAGCGCAAAUGAAGUGGAUCAUCUUCUACCACAAGAACUCCUGUCUCACAGUGUAAAAAUCCCGAAGAUUUGCCGGAGGAAUUUGACAGAGAGAAUACACCACCUUUUUUCUUGACCUUUAUCCUACCAAUUAAUUGUUAAAUUGAGUUGGUUCUUUAUUUCUCACCACAACCUAAGGAAGGUUACAAACAAGGCAUUACUGGACUAACUGAAAGAUGGAGGUGCAAUAAAAAGCAUUGAAAUAUAUGUCUAUGAGUAAGUGUAUUUGUGGACACUAAUUUUUAUCUUCACUGCAUGUGCUAAAAACAGAAUUCCUUUUAACCUCAGUGUAACAAACUCGACGACAUCGGUGGAAUUCAAAUCCACGACAGCAAGAGGGGGGUUUAAGCGCAGUCCAUGCUCCAGCUACCUGAGGUAUGAGGCCUCACUGGAAGCCCUGAGUUUAAUCGCAUUUGGGUCGCGUUACCCCCACCCCCUCCUCCAAGCCUACGGCAACGUCUGGAAUCUACCAAGAAGAAUUAAUUUCCUUUUUGAGCUGAUAAAUCUGAAGGUAUUGCUAGGCAAUAUGCAGGGAUAAUACUUCAAAAAACCCCGUUGAAUAACUCCAUUUUAAAGAUUGAGAUUAACUUCCGUUCCAGCAAGCUAUAUUAGAUUUAAAUAUAAUGUUUAUUCCCCUUAUUUAUAUCCUAACGACAAUAGUUGCAUUUUGUUAGGUUAACAAAAAAUGCAACUGAAAGGCCUUCACAAAUUCGAAAGAAGUGAGUAUUUUAACCGAUAUGGGGUCUCUCCUCUGGUUUUCCGAAAUCAUGAAAUAAGGUCCUUAUAGGUAUUAUCUAGUACGGCUCUUUCGUUUUAAUUCCAGUUUCACUCCUUUUAGUAGUGAGAUUUGUAUUCUUUCCGAGAUCACUGUAAGGGCAUUGUAGUGCCUUUUUUUUAGCACGGAUGAAAUAAAGUCACAGAAAAAUUGCGCUCAUCUAAUUAUCCUAGUUACAGGACUGAAACAGGCUCUUUGGUUUGCCUCUGAAUUUUCAGGCUCAAUGCCUACGCAGGCAAACUUGGCAAUAAGCGACUGCUUACCACUGGCCAUCGACGGAAACGUAACCGGAAGGGCAGUUCUCGUUUCACUUGACUGUGUAUUCUUGGUUGCCAUGCGACCAUCUGUGUGUAUCCUGAACUCUGUACCUCAGAGGAAGAGAGGAAUCCAUUGUCGUAAUCGAUCUGCGAGAGUGAUUGUCAUCUGAUAGUAUUUUAACCUCUAUAGUGCACAAUUUUGGGAUCACGGGCUCUCAGAAUGAGAGUGGGCUACCUAACUUCAAACCCACUGCUGUUUAUUUAUACUGAAGUGGACCAGCCCAGUCAGUGGCUAGUCCGGAGUCUGUCGGGACUUUCGGCCCCUGUAAGGGUCGUAAAUUUUGGCAAAUUACACAGAUUAUCCCAACAAUCAAACCAAUUGCCUCCAAGGGUCCACUUAUUUCGAAUUAAUGGCUGGGAGGGGAAUCUGCACAACAAUAGUUACUUGUUUUUUAAAGUAGGCAUGAUAAUUCAUGAUUAAGAAUUGCACACCGUCGCAUACAUAGUAUCUAGAAGAAUUCCAGUAUUCUAAUAAAUAUUCAGCCCUCUUUCUGUUGCUCCUUCAAAUUGCUAUUUUUUGUUUAAAAACGAACUUUCAAAUGAUGCACUACAAAGGUUUCUGUGAUGGGCACAAUUUUGACAACCACAGGCAUCAGAGCUGCAAAAACGACGAUCCAACUAUAAAAAGAAGAAAAAGCGCCGUAUUUAUCAUUGUGAGAUGUCAAGAAAUAAUAAUUAUCAAUAAAACUUUGCCUACAUACUGGGCGGAAUUUCAACCUGAAAGCCCAGUGCCUAGGACCUCGUUUGUCGGCGAAGAUUAAUCAGACAUGGACAAAACCAAUGAAUUCAAUAAAUCGGUUUUUAUAUAUAUUUCCAGUUUCGUCUAGUGAAAUCUAUUGAAAUAAGAAGUGUGCAAAGACUGAGUUAAUCAGCGAAGUAUUCAGACAUUUUGGGAUCGGAAAGGCAGUAUUUGUUCAAAAAAUCCUAUUUUUUUAUAGCAUAGACACCGUUCCAGAGGGGUUUUUAGACUCCUUAACCGACAUUGUCGUCGGACAUUUAGCAUAUUUUCGCAUACAGAAGCAAAAAACAAUUUUAUAAACAACUGAAUUUUCAAAUGGACACCAAUGAUAUGCUCGCAAAUCCAUCAGGUGGCAGUUAGUGGGCCAUGGGCGUUCUAAGAGCUGUGAUCACCAUUAUUAGAAUAGUACAUGGUAUGUAAAAUUGAUCCAAAUGGUGUCGCAAAAAAGUACUCAAUACAGCCAAUAGAGACGGCCUCCAAGGAUAAAAACACGAAAAAUCUGAACAUAACCGCGCCUUAUCUGACUGAAGUUGGAGGGAGACUCAUAAACAAAAAUGAAAUCCAUUUAAGUCAUGGCAGCUUUGUGUCGGUGGGCAAUUCCGACACCCGGUCCCACACCAAUUCGCUCGGUUGCCUCUGAAACAUCCUUCAUGUAUGGGAGGGCAUGUCAAACCAUAGGUGCUCUUUCUGGGUGGGUCCUCCAGGAAAGAGCUCGUAAACACUGACUCAUAAACCUCUUCGGUUAGCCGUACGGUAUAAAUUGGUCACGGAUAUAUCGAGCCUCGAGUGCUUUUUAUUCCGACCAAUUAAAUCCUAGUGAGUAAUCGGGUGCAGUGUAUUGCAUCUCGUGUCCAAACUGUCCGUGUAGUUACACAGAUCCAAUUGACCGCACGUUCAGGUUGCGCAUAUACGAACAAAAGCUGGCUGUGCGACUGGGGAACGGAUUUUCACGUGUGUCUGCCGACACCUUCGCAGCGGAUCAGCUAUUUGACCUCGCAGUUGCGACAAUAAUCGCUCAUGCCAGAAGUAAGACAGGCCGUGGAUCUAUUGAAGCCUGGGCCUCAGAUGGGAACUGAGUCGAUCUGUCUCCGGCAUACAGAGCCGCGGGCAGGCACCCCCAAACCGGUGUCAAUGAUGUUUGACUGGCUCAUACCCCCUAUAACAGGCGCUAGUUCUGUUGCCGCCUUUAUCUAAGACGAUGGACUCCUGUACGAUUUCGAAAACUCAGACGAAAAAAGAAAUGGUUCGGCGAUCAAACAGUCUUCUUCUUUUUCCUGCCCUUAGCCUGGAAUGCACCUAUUUUACGAUAACUGUCAGUGGUAAUCUAUCCGUAGCGGUAGACCAACUCUCUUAACUUGGGAGACAAAACUCACAGACCAGUAAAAUCCACGACGUUUUUCCACCCAAAUCCUCCAGUGGUAGGGAAGAUUGAGCAACCCCACUAGGUUUCAAAUGAAUAAUUACCUACUGUAUUUGUUGUAGCAGGUCUUGUUUUGUUUAUUAACUCAUACUUGCAGGAGGUCCUCCCAUGUAACCAUGUCGUCGCUCACCAUACAAUGCGUGCUGUAAGGAUCCCCAGCUGCAUGUCGGUCUAAUUCACCUCGGUUAGAACGCAAGCGCGCGCCCUCAUUUACAUUUCCCAACGCUUAUUGUUGUCAAAUGUCUACGUCAUCCGUUACUUACGUCUUUGGAGAACCAGCUUAAUGUUUUUCGUCCAUGUCAGUACUCACCGUACAACGCGUGCUGUAAGGAUCCUCGGCUGCAUGUUGCUUGGAGCGGAUGGGCCGUAUUUUAAAAGAAAAAAAGCAUAAUUACCUACUCUGUUCAUUGAUGUAUUUUUGUUUUUGCAUAUAAUCCUUAUAUAUAUAUAUAUAUAUAUAUAUAUAUAUAUAUAUAUAUAUAUAUAUAUAUUUGCAUUUUACUUAAGAUUGUCAAAUUACAUUUUUGUUUCAUCUUAUCAUACAGACAAAUACAUGUGCUUCUACUUACGUAAUUUUACUCUCUUCGUGUUCACUAGGGUGUAUUUCGAUAGCUUCUUCAGCAUUCGUGUGUAUUACGUUAUCUCGCCGUAGUUUUUUCACAGAUGCAUUAUUUGAAACCUAGUCAGCUCACUCAGGGUACAGCAGGCCAGAUAGUGAGCUGCUUACGUAUUAUAUGUGGGAUGUGUCCUUUUGAGCAACGUUCGUUGUCGUCAUUUGCACCCUGGCGGACGGACAGAAUGGGAUCUUGUGAGAUCCUUACCAUAAUUGUGAGGGGGAAACGCCUGCUUUACGUACUGACACCUGGUUUUCUUCUGUCUGAUUGGUUGUUCAUCACAUUGGUCCUGGCAUGUCUCAAAACUGCCUGCGGUGGUUUGCUUAAAUAUCUUUUAUUUAUUGUUCGGUGAUUUUUUGUUUAUUUUUUAAUUAAAGCGCCCGAUUCCGUUGCUAUAUAUAGGCGUAAGAGAAGAAUUUAAAAUGAAGUCUAUUUCAUUUCUAUGUUUAACGACAUGCACUUCGUUCUCUGUGCGUAGUGAGGUCCCAUCCCCGAAACCCCUGCUACCACCAUUCCUUCACUAUACGAAACUGGGGUUAUUGGUUGCCAGGUGCGGUUACACAACAUGCUGUUGCAAUUCUAAGUUAGUAAGACACGUUGUGGAGCAAAACGCAUAGUCUGGGACCUCCGUGAAAUCUUUCCCAACAAAGAACUUAGGAGGUGUAGGGUUGACACUCUGACAACUCUGCUGUAAGGCAAAGUAACCGAAGCAAUCUGUCGAAGCCUAGGCGGAUGGUUAAAUUACUUCCGCCUUAGCUGCUCUCGAUGAAUUUUAAGACGGAACGCUCAGAAACAGAACCCAGACAAGCAGUUCUUCAAACCGACUGACAUGCUGCGCAUCCAUGUUACUUUGUGGCAGAAACGACCACAUCACGACGAAGACUGGGGAGCGCGUGCCAAAGCGACACUUAUAUGAGGCUGCCAUUCUAGACACUCACAAACAAAAGACGACCAUGUGGGAAAACUUUGAAGACCACAGCAUUGAAAUAUCUUCGACUAGUGUUUAGAGCGACUGGCUACUCGCGCAACUUCUUUAGCCGGUGCUUGUCAGACUAAACGACAGACGGAAUCUAAACGACGUCAAAUUUUGGUCGACACCACCGUACGCUAGAAAGGCUUCAGAAGUCGUCAGCUGCCUUCGCACACAACGUGGACUUGAUGUUGCACGCAGACCGCUGAGAUUAUGGGGGCGAAAUGUCCGCCGUCACGGUUGUUCCCGGGCCUGGCGUGACUGUUGACAAAGAAAUUAUGUUGGAAAAAUUAGAAGGCUGUUCCGGACGCGGAUGGCCGAACACGCAGCAGCGGUGUGGAGGAACGAGGUUGGCUCCCAAGUAGCGGACCACUCGAGGGGACCUAGUCACACACUCUAGUUCGAUGAGACUAACGAUUCCGCUAGAAGUGACAACCGUGUGAGCCGAGAACUGCGCGUGUCAUGGCUUUCCGGUCCUCAGUCAAUCAACAAGCGCAACGGCCCCCCUCUUCCAUUUUACAUGCUAAGACUUUUCUUAGGUAAAUUAGUUAACCGGACGGGGAGCGCUUGGAUGACUACCAUCUCCAGUGUCGGUGGGACAGAGUGCUCAAUAGCCCACAUGGGUGACGAAAUUUCGGCUAUUAAUAACUCGGUUGCGAACAGUCGGGCCGUUAUCUCACCACCUGCAGCAUCCUUUGAAAUAUGUAGGCGCCGCCAAAUUUGGUAGAUGAGCAGUACUUUAGAAGGUGCAUUCUAUAAAUACUGCAAUGUCUGUGUAUUUCACCACCCUUAUCUAAUCUUGUCUCUGAUCAUGGAUUCGAGUGAGUCAGAAACAUAAGGCGAAUAAAGCUCCUGUUUCGGCGGUCGUGUCGCCGUCGCGACUGCUUCAUGGAACCCGCUAUUCCGACUCUAUCAGUACAUAUAACAUCUUCUUAGGACGCCUCCUAAUUAACCCACGACCACGGAAACGUUAGCAUUAGACUCAUAAGCAUGGCAAAUAAUUGCAAAACUUAGUCAAUCGUCUGGAAAUCCUAAUGAAUCUAGGAUGUUAAAGUUAAAUUACGUGCAGUGGACCAACAUCCAACCACAGUCAAUAUGUUUCCGCUUUUGACGCGUCUUCAAGACCUAACUGUCCUUGUUAGACGCUUCCAGAUUCUCCACGAUGGCAGUACGACCAUUACACGCUCCGACAGCAAAAUCAAACACCAAAAAAAUUAUUAGUAAGGACAUCGCUCACUCCUGUCCUUACUGUAACACCACUUUCCUGUCCCAAUUCUCUCUCUCUCCCUCCCCCUCUCUCUCUCUCUCUCUCUCUCUCUCUAUCUCUAUCUCUCGUCAUAUGUCCCUGAACCCGCCACCGCCGCCGCCGCCAUCACCACCCGCAGCAAAGGGACACGGUGAUUAACUGUAAACACAGCGACCUUUUGUUUUUAUCUCUCAUCGGCCUGAUAGGUCACCUGCGAAUCCGUUGUAGCGCGACUGCUAACCCAGUUCCCGAAAUCAUCACACACCACAGCACGGCGGAGCAAGGAGAGUGGCUUCUGCGUGAGUUAGCUUAUGGUGGUAGAAGACUUACACGGCGCCUACCGCACUCUUUCUUCUCCACUCCCCUCCCGGACCCGGCGUCAAGGCAGAGUCAAGAAGGUCGGAGGUGGAGGGAGGGAGUAGAUGACUGGCGCGGCCGGACGCGCACCUAGGCGUGCCACCACACUCCCUGGUCCACGCAGCAAAUGAUCAGGAUUUUUCGUCAACAACUGCAACACUCAUCACACAUUCCUGUCCUUUUACGCUGUCCCGGAAUAUUUAAUCAUAUGAUGAUUAUAACCAGUCCUGUGGGCAUACAUCAAAACAUUUGGUCAGACAGCCCAGCCGAGAUCCCCCCUUGUACCGCCUCUUUUCUGCACGCACACACAUACUGAAAUAUGUAUGGCCUAUUCGGUCUUACACACACGUCAACCAUCCGCAAAACAUCACACUUAACCGACGCAACAGCCAUUCAGUGCAGUUUGUCAGUGCUGGUAUAACAAACGCAUAGUCGUAUGUGAGAUCAAACAAAUCUCGAUUGUGGGAGAAUCGUGCGGCACGCGAUGGACAAUGAAUUCCCAUCACGUCAGCCAGUGCGCAUAAUUACAUUUUCAGGCGACUUAGCGUGGAUAAGCCAAUGUUGUAUUGACGCAAGUCCUGCGAAGGUGCUAUGCUGAUUCUAACGCCGUAAACAGCCAAUCGGGCUUUUGAACUAUUCCUAUGCACUGACAGUCGUGACUAGGAAGAUUGGCCAAGGACGGGAUCAUGUGAUCUUUUCCACGAAUAAGAGUCAGUCUACGCUAAUGCCUUUUUGACAAGGUCGUUCCUGCAAUUUCUCAUGAGAUGGAACACCCACUCUUAAAUUUUCGGGACCAGGUCGUGUGCGGCACGCGUAGCUGGGAUAUUUACUCCUGUCGGCCACUGCCUUCGCACCAAGCCCCCGUCAUCUGGGAUUUGCCUCGAGUGAGUGUAGAGAGAGAUGGAGUGAGACAGAGGCAGUGCAGGUCCACUUUACGCGCGGGUCACUAUCGGACACGCCACGUGGGACAGUGGUAGAUCUCACCGCUUGCUACGAUCGAUUCGUCGUCGUGUGUGUAUGCCCCCAAAAAGGGCACGCGGCAGAAGCGCUGGACCCACACAGGGGCCAUAUCGGACCCUGGCAGGCGUUAUCGACAUGCGCACCAUAACCACUGUCAACAUUCGGGAUGCGGUGGCAGACCCAGUUGUCCACAGACGUCACACACACUGGACCUCCUGACGCCCGCCAUUGUUGUUAUUGAUUAGAAUCCUGGUCAUUUGUUGUGUGGACCGGGGGUGCGGAGUGGAGCGCCAAGGUAAGGAUCCGUCCGAGCCAUCCACCCGCGGCCUCCCUCGUCUCCGGUCUUCUUGACUCUGUCUUGACAGGAGGGGAGGAGGGGGGAGUGCGGUGGAUGCUGUGAAAGUCAACUGCCACUUUAAACUAACUCGCACACAAGUCACUAUGCCUGCUCUCACCUUGCUGUGGGGCACACGGUAGACAUUGUCGGGCACUAUGGUCGAGCUAUCGUGUGUUUUUGUGUGUGUGUUUCGCGCCACGGACAACAACACAAUCUCCGAGGCAUCCACAGUGACUAAUGGAGUGUAGAAGGACCGCGUCCUCGCGCCUACCCUCUUUGUCUCAUAUUCACUGCCAUGUUGAUAGACGCAUACCGUGAUGAGCGCCCCAGGAUACGCAUCGGUUACGGAACUGAGAGACAUCUUAACAGCAGGCACCUAGAGGCCCACACGCGACUAUCUGCGACCACUGUUCAUGACCUGUCCUUGCCGACGACUGCGUGCUCAGCACCACGACCGCAGAAGGCAUACAAAGGAGCAUAGAGUUCCUCGCUGCCAGAUGCGAUAGCCUCGGUCUUAAGAUGGACCAAAACGCAUUGAAAGGGAUUUUAUUUCCCUGUUACAACCUGCUGUUGUGUUGGUAAAUUCGACACAUAAACCAGGUGAUGUAAUAAGUUUAAAAACGAUAUCAUAUGCGACUCAUGUUCUCUUGGACUAACGGAGGGUCAGCCUGACAGUUGCGAAGGAAAUUAGGUCGUCACUACUUCGGAAGUAUGUAACACGUUUAAUGUUCUGCGUCAGCAAAAACUGUAUACUAGCACGGGCAGUAAAAUACCCUCUGUAGCCCCCUAUGACAGCUUUUGUAAAUUUGUGAACUCAGUCCCAAGAGAAGUUACGUCUAACGCCGAGCUUUAAACUAACUCGGAAGGAUACCGAAUAAACAAAAAUAUGGCUGACUGUAUUCACAUGAAACAAGCACCCGUCCGUGACUUUGAGCGCAAAUACCUGAUUUAGUCGAUGAGAAAUCACGGAUCAACGCGUAAAUGCCAGCCCUCGUCUCCAACCAUUACAUAAUUCAGCGGAGACUUCAUGUAUAUUGCUCGUGACCGGGGGGAUUUUUAUAUGUCAACUAAAGAAAUAAUUUAAAAACAGAGGUCCUUUCUACCGAAUUAAAAAGGAGGGAUGUACACUACAGAGAAACGUCAUCCGAAGGUUCUUUUGGGAUUCUGGUGCAAACUCGAAUGCGACAUUGAAAUUAGCAGUUUUCUGGCACUGGACGGCUCAACAAGCUUACUAAAACUUUGAGCCUCCGUCGAGGAUGGGGCCGCCUUCAACUGAGGGGAAGGCGAAUUAGUCUACUCGAUCUGAUCGCUCAUGAAAUCCAACUGUGACGGGGCUCCGAGACACAACAGGGUCAUUCAUGUUUGUUUAUGUUCAGGUCUAAAAGGCCUAACGGAUGUUGAGACGCAUGUUGAGGUGGAUAAUGAGGAAGAACGUUAGUGUACAACUCUUCUUUGCUCGCUGCAUGGGGUUAUUUUUCUGCUUGCCAUGAAUAGACAAUCUAGGGGUUUUUUGCGAAAAAGGAAAACUUCACUCCCUGAAAAACAGUCAUAAGAGUUUAACUUUUCGAAUGCCUUGAGUCCACUUUUAACUGCCCUAGUCAAACCUAAAGGCUAAACUUCGACAGAAUUUUUGAAGGGUUUUCCCAGCUGGCUUACCUGUCACUUGAUAAAUCCUUCAAAGGUUUCGUCAUCCUCCUGAGUGGUACGAUUGCAGCACUAGGGACCUGUCUGCGCUACACUUGUGGCGGGGCUAUUUGAACCCACCAGAUGACAGCCUGGGCUGACAGCGCAUCGCCUUCCCAUUGGAUGUGCGCGCAGUCAGCUUGGUCUCUGGAUCCUCGCUCAAUGAUGAUGAUAAUAGUGCGGCGACUGGUAGACCGGAGCCAACUCAAUGUGCCGGUUGAAUUGACUGACUUUUGAAGAAUGGCAUAUUGUGAGAUCUGUUCGGUCCUAUAAUUGCUCUUCGAAAGUUGAAGCUGAGCCAGUCUGUCUAAUGUGAGCAGCGAUAAGACAUUCUGCUAGCGAGUUUCCGUGUUGCCGGUUGGUGUAUGUACAGAGAAGUUUGCAGUUUCCGCCAUUGUUGAAAUCACAAAAAAAUUUGUAGAUGGCAGAGAGACCUUCUGUUCAACCUCCGAGAUGACUUAGAGUACAUUAUAUAUCGACCGACAGACAACUUUAAUGACAUAUCAAUUAAGCAUCCAAAUUCAACGAGGUACUUCGUACCUAAAUCCUAAUCCUGACGACUGUCCAUAUAGGCAGAAGCGUCGCCCACAAAACACCUAGAAUACUGGAGUGACGAUUUCGAAUUUAUUUACGUCAUAAGUAAGCCGUACUCCAACUAUACUAAUUCAUAUCUGACAUCCCAAUCCAGUUCCUUAAUGAUAUUGGCGGAUGGAAGGAUAACUGGACUCGCGGGGUCUAAAUCAAAUUUUAUUUGGCAAAUACCGAAAUGAUCAAGCCGAACGAAUUUCUCCCUAACCUUAACAACUCCGCAGGCAGAUUCAUCUAUGGAUGCUCUUCAGUCCUUCUAAUAGAGACCAUCCCUGAUUUUUAAACAAAAGGCAAUUCUACGGAAAUAUUUUUCAAAGGCAUGGUCGAGAAUACAGUGAGUGGCCGACCUCAUGAAAUGCUGGCCGGAAUUCCAAAAUACGCUCUCGAUUAAGAUGGAUUACGUAGGUGGGGUUUUAAUAUUAAUGCUCAUACGACAUAAUCUCAUGAUAUUUCGAACUUGCCAGGAUGUCGAAUGUGGAAUGCAUCCCUUUUCGACCUCCUACAGAAUCCGCACUCGGUAAACAAUGGCUACUUAGAUAGCAUGCAUUUUUCAUAUUGAUUUUCGAUGCUCUUAUAAAUUCAAAUAUAUUUUACAGAAAACAUGUACGAAAUAUCCUUUAUUUUAAGCUUUCGGUAGAAAACCGCAUUGUCUUCGCAUUUUCUGCCCGAAAAAGGUGUAUAUUUAGGUUUUAAAAAGUUUAUAAUUAUGAGAUUUUUUUAAAAAUCGCUCAGUGUCCAUUUAUACAGCAUCGUACCUUUCCACUUGCCAAUGUUUCUCAUGAAAAGCACAGCAUAGUCCGCAUCCAUUGCAAAAUCUCAUGAACUCCAUAUGACAUCUUUUUAAAAACGCAGAGGAAUAUACGAUUUUCCCUCAUGCAGAAAGCAUGCAUCUUGUGGGUUGAAUUUGCUAAGCGCUAAUGCGACGACUGAUCAGACUCAAAAUUAUUCGGACAUUUGGAAACUUUUUCAUAACCUAAAUAUACCCCUUUUCGGGCAGAAAAUGCAAAGACAAUGUGGCAUUCUACCAGAUGAGUAGAAGAAAAGAUACUUUUGUACAUGUUUAAUAUAAACUAUAUUUUAGUUUAUAAGAACAUCGAAAAUUAAUAUGAAAAAUGCUUGCUAAUUAAGUAGCCAUUGUUUACCGAGUGCGCAUUCUGUAGGAGGUCGAAAAGAGACGCAUUCCAUAGCCGACGUCCUGGCAAGUUAGAAAUAUCCUGAGAUUGUGUCGCAUGAGGAUUAAUAUUACAACCCCACCUACAUAAUCCAUCUUAAUCGAGAGCGCAUUUUAAAAUUCCGGUCACUCAGUGUAUAUUUCCAAGACUAGACAGCCAUGUUAAGAGCAGUAGGCAAACGCUGUGGCCUUUGAAUGGAGAAGAGAAAAGCAAAGCUUUGGCUUUAGGUCGCCUCUGUUGUGAGACCAGCCUCCAGGAGCGCUCCAAUUGCCCGCACAACGGUGUGAGGAACCCACGCACUCAACAUGCCUUUUCAAUCUAAUUAGAACAAAUUCGGGUCCAAAGGCUUGCACAUUGACGCGCUCAAAAUGGGCUACAUUCACACAAGACUAAUCAACUCUCCGUAUUAGUCAGUUGGUUCAUGCAGCUUGCAAUUUGAUUCAUUUUUCCAAUAUUUUGUCAGCACUGAGAGGUGGCUCCGCAGGAACGUGCAGGUGUACGUGAAUUUGCUUCGUGUUAAAUACAUAUCAGCAUGCCGUUACAAAAAUGUUUCUAUCUUUAUACGGUGGGAAGUGCUUAUAAAAAGACUCACAUCUAAGAUGUGACACAGUUAGGACGCUUAGAGUAAGGUGGAUGACGAGUACAAACGGCAGUCUUCAAAUUUUGGAAGCAAGGGAGUCGUAAUUAAAUACAAUUUUUUUGAUCGAAAACUAACCAGUCACAAAGGCUGCCGGUAGUCCUUAUUAUCGGUCUAUAAAGAGAUGCAGGUGGAAAUUGACGAUACGAUUAUUUAUAUCAAUCACCAACUAAGAUGAAAAUCUGGCCUUUAACAAUGGGACAUUUGAAUGGAAGGAUAACAUCGAAGUCAGAUUAGAAGCAUAACCAUGUACAGUUCGUAGCCUAUGAGAAGAAAGGUCACGAAGUUCGCACCAAAACCCCCAUAAGAAAUGAACUGUCUCCCCCGAAUCUCCGAAAGUUAUAGCGUGUUAGAAAAACGAUCAGGCUUCAAAAGAAGACAUUGUUUGGUUCAUAAAUCGUUAUUUAAGUCAAUUUAUCGAAAACAUCAAAGCAAAUAAAAGGCCGUAUGACAGGUGAAAUAUUUAAAGCUUAAUGUAACUGACAGCAGUCUAGAGAAAUAGGAUACAAUAGCAAAAUAAUGGAUCGCCCUAUUACUCUUAAAAUUGCUGUAAGCCGGAUGGAUGCAGAGGCCACGAAGUUGUCUAUGUUGGUUCUUUCAAUAGAAUUAUUAAGUACAGAAUCCAGCUUUUGCUGCAUUGAACGGUGCUUCCUUGCAUUGUCCCAGUUUCUUUUGAUUAGCGUAAGGAGAUUUUUGGUCGGAGUGAGGUUCGGACUAUCGGCAGGAAUAAAAGGGCUUCUCAGGUCGCAGAUUGAGAAGUUGGCUGGGGUCGUGGGCUAAACAAGAAUAAUAACUCCUCCGAGCGGUGGACAGGAGCACUAUUUUGCAAAAUUACAUGUCUUUGUGACGUUCAAAAAUGCCGCCGUAAUCAAAGGCAUCCUUCACGAUGUCUAUGAACACCUUGUUAUUGAUGGUCCCGCUUGUUGGCCGCCAGAUCGGUCGCCCUCCGGAUCUUACGACCAUUAAAAUCAUCAGGCGUCGAUGGCCCUUGAAAGGUGUUCUCAGUACAGUGUGUUCUUCGUGGGGAGUCCCUCCCUCACCUGGGCUGACUUCGGUUUGUUUAAAAAUACGACCUCAUCACAAAAGUAAAUGAUUUUCCAUAAUGAAUUUUUUGAUCAGUAUGCUCUUGGGCAAACGAAGAACGUUCUCUGACAAGUUUACCAAUUUAGAAUACCCUCAUUAUAACGCUUUGCUGAUGAAGUAUGAAUUCUUUCAUCCUUUCUCUAAUUGUGUGCGGAUAGAACGUUGACAAAUGCUCUCUUGAACGGCCUCAAAGGAGAUGUAAUGGCAUAUUUUGGUGUACGACAAAUGAACCCAUCGUCUGCCCUGUUUGUGCAACACCUUCAGUCCAUCUUACUUAACUUAAGACUGCCGACUCAUUCAACAGCCUUCCGGCCGCAAAGAUUCCUGUGCGCUCAAAGUCGACGUCCGCCAGGAACUGCUUCGACACCUUCAUCAAACAGCAUGUCGCGGGGUAGUCAGCCGCGUAUUUGCAAAAAUAGAAUUUCCUAAGUUUCAUGCUCUCCCUUUUUCCCGAAAACAAUGCGAUGUCGCAAAACUAAAUCCGCCUAAUUUUCCCGAACGCAACAUCCUAUUUCUCGUUUACAAAAGCAAUUUACUCGAAAAGUUUCCUGCUUAUGUUAAUAUUUUUUAGUACGCAACGCGCAAAAACAAGAUGCUUCGAAAUUUGUAAUUUAAUGGCUUAGGAAAUUACUGGGCAAUAGAAAAUGUAGGAUUUUUUUUCUAAUCAUGGCCUGUUUUGCUCCGAUGAAAUCGAUUUGGACUGAAUUCCUCCGUAGUUAAGGGCUUUCAGGAUCUCAAAUGAAUUCAGUAAACGAAGAUAACCCUACUAAAUGCAUGCGGUACUAGCCACUCAAAUGUUGACCAGGACACUUCAUGAGUUAGAUCAUCUACUAUAGAUAAUCAAGGAUAUUUUGAAAAUCGCUCGGCAGCUUGAACGUCGUUUCCAACGAUUCCGCCGUGUGCCCCAUAAUAUUGUGGGAGCAGGGACGGCGACUUACGCAUAAAACUUGUUCAUAAUGAUAGUGUACGUGUGCCGCAUCUACCUAACACCCUCCUCCCUCAUUUAUCUGAGUUGGGCAUAAGAAACGAGCCAAGAAAACCGGGAGGGGGGCGGAAUCAGAUGCAGGUGGGUGGCGCGGCGCGAGCCUGCGUCUAGGCGAGCCAACACAUCCCAGGCCCUGAUCUGGACUCCGUGCCGGUCCAGCGCAACUCCCGCGUGGCCGGUUUUAGGGGGCAGUGACGUUUGCGCACGCAACAUUUAACGAACUUGCCUUUGAACCGUUGUCUGGUGCACUAGUCCAGUUCAAUUAUUUGCGAACUUUAACGCACAGUGUGGACUUUAAAAUCUCCUCUCUCUUCCGGAUUACGCAGAUUAGUGAGCUGACAAAAGGUAUCUGCGUCCAACAAAUAAAAGUGCACAAAAAGAUCAUGUAUACAAGGUUGUCUUUGACAAGAGGUCAUUUGACCUGCGUAAGUUCUACUGCACGAAAAGCACCCAGUCGUCAUUUCAAGCAUUAUGUCGCCUAUGGGAUUCACGCGCUUUAGGGAAUUCGCACUUUGGUGUAUACGUCCGAGUGAGGGCAAUAUGACACUGAACCUUUAGUAAAGCUUGGAGAUAAGUCUCCCCAACCUGAAGUAGCAUGCUUAAAUCGGUAAAAUCCUCUGUUCAGCCUCUGUGCCUAAUUUUCCUUGAAAUACUACGACUCAACGUUAAUAAGCUGUUCCAACAAGUCGGUAAUUGAGCUCCUGCCACACUCGCUGAAGCAUAUCUUGUCUAACAGUCUUCAGAGUCUCAGCGAUUAUUUCCCGGAGUUCUUAUACACAUAUAGGAGAUGCUAGGACAUAGAUCAGUUCCUUCACAUUACCAAACAGUAAGAAAUCACACUGCAUCAAGUGAGGUGAGCGUGAGGGACAUUUCAGUAACUCGUUCUCUCCAUCAACAGCACGUCCGAUCCAUCUUUCUGACAGUCUUUCCGUCGAUAUGUGCUCGCACUGUGUGGUAGAGCCUCAUUUUGCUGAAAAAUCAAUAGGACAUGUUUAUUUGCCUCAAUUAACUCAAGCAUGCAGUUCUGAAGCAUAUCUUAUUAGUUGUUGCCGGUCACAUUUCUCUCGAAUAAAAGUGGGUCAUACUCACGGUUCUUUGGGAUGGAGUAGAACACAUUCAUUUACUGGACCUCUUUCAUGUUUGAUUCUGGCAUGGGAACCCUUUUCAUCCCGAAUGCGAACGUUUUUCUCGUUCACUUUGCCAAUCAUAUGGGUAGUAGCCUCAUCAGUAAAAUCGAGACGGUUUUCCAAAUCGUUGUCUUCAAGUCUCUUUUGAAUAUCUUCAUGCUUUUGCUUGUCACCCAGCUUUAAAGCCUGUACAAGCUGAAUUUCGUAGGGGAUUAUUCACAGACGUCUUAGCACUAUAUGCCAAAUAGUUGAGUUGGGAGUCUGGGUUUCCGGGCUUGCUCCUCGCACUUCGCUCGCAAUCUCUUCCGAAACUGCCGGUCGCCCAGAUCCUUCCUCAGACACAAGCAGACUUCUCCUUCCCAAAUUAGCCCUAACUGUUGGCGCCUGUUAAUGAAAUCUUUGAACACAUGCACAUUGUGAAUCCAUAUAUGGCCGAGUUUGGGUGUCCUUCAAGAAACAAGACUUAUUUUUCUUUUCCUGAAAAGAAAGACAUACUAAAGGUUGGCUGUUUUAAUAUAUAUCGAAUUCAUGACAUGCUGCUAUCAUUUGCGACGAUUUGUUCACGCUAUUAGGUAGCAAAGUGAAGUCAGAUUUGUAUGGAACACCCUGUGUUUUAGAAGUCAAUUAUCUAAAGUUAAAACACCACAUAACUAGUUUGGUCGCAUCAAAUGAAUAGAAUAGUGAAAAAACGACAAAUGUAAAGCAACAAUUCCGAUCGACUGAUAUCUCACUCCAGUGAGUCUUUUAGAUAUCCAAAUAGUCUAUAGCAGACUUGUCCAUGCAAUUAGGUAGAACAUAAGUAAGCCUCGCAUUGUCACUUCGUCUUUUCGCCUACCAUGGAACUUUCGGUGAGUUUUAAGUCGGGGUUGUUUGCAGAAAUAAAAAGAUUCAGAAGCCACAGGUGUCAUAACGCACUGCGAAUUCGAGAGAUCGACGACUCAGUCUCACUUGGUGACACCUUUUUUAUGAUUUCGGUAGUUUUUUUGUUUCUCACAGUCUGCUCCAAAGUAAGUGUUUGUGCUGCAGACAAGACCAUCUAGUCACAAAAUAGAAAGGCGAGGAUAUGACAUGUUAUCCCCUUGGGGAGACCGUAGUUAGUUACAAAUCUAACGCCAAUCAUUUUCAUGGCUUCAGUGGAAAAUCUCUAACUUCUAAGCAGUUAAGGGGAAGUCGGACAUAACGGUAACCUUUAGUGAGGCCCUAGAACCCUAACUCUAGCCUCAACCCCAAAUCGGAACCAUAGCCCAAGGCUGACAAGCCUGUCUCCAAGAAUAAUCCAACGAAAACCAAUUUUAACCGUCGUCCAAACCCUAACCAUGAGCUCAAAAUGGGCAACCAUAUUAUUGAUAGCGUUAUUAAGAAUCAAAAUAUGCUUCCUGCAUAAAAACUUUCGCAACCUACUACCAGACACACCGUUAUGAACCACACCAACCACCCAGGGGGGUUACACACCCUACCCUUACUAAUAGUAGGAAACCAAUAUAGUCCUGCUGGGGAAAUAGACAUCGUACACAAGUUCUCCAGCUUUGCGAUAACCUCGAAGGCUUGAGCCCAACUGUGCCACAUUUUAAGCUCGUCUGUCACGCUGUGGGUCAACUUUAGGAUCCCUCUAGUCUGCGGAUGUAGACACCGUUGACUACCAAUGGUCCUGGUUGGGAAUCGAAGUUACACACCCCAAGACAGACACCUCACAAUCUCUCUCGUCUUCGCAACUGCUUCCUCAACGCACCCUGAGAACGUACUUGACAGAAGAUGAUGAUGACUUAACCCAUCGGGGCGAAGCACGUUUCUUUGUUUUUAACUUGUACCUGUAUUAUCGGUAUGCUGGGUCACGCAAUAUAUAUACAUAUAAUGAUAGGAGAGGGGCGCUCACCUAUCACUUUUAUGGGACUUACUCGGUCCCUUGUGCCAGCAGCCGCGGAGCGGCGCAUGAUACAGGCAUGAUAACAUUGCCGAGCCAGGUCUUCCCCACCUUGGGGUAGAGAAUAACUGGCUGACGACGGCUAACAAGAUAGAAAUGGCCACUCCAUUCUCCCUUGUCUUUGUCGGGAGUGCCAUUCUGCCUAUAUGUAUGUAUAGAGUUUGCAGGCGAACGUAUCUGUAGCCCGUUCGGUAAACACACCUCGAUCCUAGUCAAUAUAUUGGAUGUCAGCCGAAGGGGAAACGGGCCCACUGCCCAACCGACCUAGCGUUGGACUUCCUAACGUUCUGUAACACAAAGAACGCAGGUUCGGACCUCAGGUGCCCCCAAACCUGUAGUCGGUUAAGGCCUACUGACGACGGUUAAUAUGUUAAAAAUAGCCAUCCCAGUCCCUCUUAUCUUUGUCGGCAAUCUCGUUCUGCCUAGACUAGUAGCCGCUGUGAUGCUGCCUUCGAGGCACUAAGUCACGCCCUGCAGGCAACUACACGGCGACUAAAUAAAAGAACAAAAAAUAUUACCAUCGAAGGCAAGGGGACAGGAAUGUCUAUUUCUGGUUCGUUAUUCGUCAUAACCCAACCAUGCACAACCCCGAGGCUUGAAUCCGCGUCCAGUUAUUUAGAAGUUCAACGCCCUAACUAUUGAACCACGAGCUCAUUCUCUUGCUGGUUGAGAGACUGAGCCCCAAGGCACAGCAGGACGAGUGUGUCCCGCAACGCGACCGGUGAGCGUCACUCUACCAUCGUUAACAAACGCGACUACAACCCACAGGACAGUGAGCCUGUGGUUCAUUAGUUAGGGCGUUGGACUACUAACUAACAGGCCGCGGGGAUGAGCCGCAGGUGUUUCACAGCUCAGGGUUGGGUGUGGCUGGCUGAUGACCGCUAAUAUGCUAGAAAUGGCCAUUUCAGUCUCCCUUGUCUUUGUCGAUGAUGUCACUCUGUUUUUGAUACUAGCUGCUAAGCGCCUGUUGGCGGGGCUCAAGCUUGAGUCCUAAGGAAAAACCAGCCGAGUGUGUCACGCAAAGCAAUUGGCGAGAGCCUCUUUACUAAAUAACUGUGUUCGGUGUUAAGGUGGGUUGGAUGGUGGUCAACAUACAGAAGCAAUAUUAACGUUAAAUGGGCAUUUUGAGAAUUUGCGCGGUCGCUACAACGGGAGAAAAUGGUGGUAGGACCGCAGUAUGUUGGUAUAACUCUUGUGAAUGAAAGAUGAAAGGAUGGGGAAGUAAUAUGUUCUUCUAAAAAGGGGUUUAAAACUUGCAUGAUAACCAGGUUUGAGACCAAGGAAACAAUGCAUCAAAAGCCGGGGGAUCAACCAAUUUUUUUGCAGAAAAUCAAUUAGUUAUUUUUGAGGGCUGCUAUUCAAAAGUAUGUGUAUUGCCGAGCGGGAUUUGGUUGAAAUUUAAAAGGACCCGAGGGUCAGAAGGUUAAAAAGCCCAAAUAUAUCACCUAGUCACCUAUUUUUUCCAACUACCGUGCGCGCAAUAUUACUAGCUAGACUGGUCGUAGAGGUGAAAGGUAAUGCUGUUCAUAAAUACCGACCGUACAGAAAAUCAGGGCCCCAGACAUGUGAAUCCAAACUUUACAAGGUCGGAAGCAUCCAGCAAAAAGAGAACGUGAGAAAUCAUUGGCAGAUUUCAUUUGCUGUGCUUCAAUAAGUUCGCAUUGUUAAACAUUGAACGACUUCCGUGCCAUUUUUCUGCUGACCCUCACGUUUCUCCAACCAUGCCUUACUGACAACGGCAUGCGUCUUAAAAAGUACCUAUGGUUUCGCGCUGCACAGCGGGCUUUUGCGUUCAUUUGACCAGCCGUUUCUGCGAUACGAUUGGUCAGAGAGCGAACGAAUGAGAAAUUAGGAAGGUGAGCGGCGGCACUUCGUAAUCUCACCGCCGUUCAUUAACAGACAUAGAAAGCGCCGGGUACGUGCUCGUCCUUGGGCUUUUGGGUGUUUAUUUCGAGGGAUGUUUUGUCCGAUAUAGUAGCAGGUUUUUAAAUUGUACUUCCUGAAAACAAGUAAACAUUAUACGUUAUUAUGCCAAAUACAAUCUGAUUGUUUUCUACUGAUAAGUGGGAAGUAAUAACCACAUAAAAUCCUAAUUUCAAGUAAAUACAAAUGAUUGUUACGUAUGGAAUUUAACAAUAUGCGAGAAAACUUCAUGGGUGUUUUGUCCGAUAGUCAUGCAGAAAUUCCUCAGACUAAAACCCAAAACGGAGUAUUUGCACAAACUAUAGUUUUUGCUAACAACGCAAGUUCUAAAACGGAGUAUCUCCUGCAGAGAUAUGUCAAAACAAUAUACUCCUGCUUUGAGAUGGAUUUUAGUGCCAGAUCCUUAACCAAGUAGGCUAAGUAGGCCGAGCGCUUAGGGCCUGUCGAACCAAAAAAUCCGCCCCUUUUCUUAAGUAGAUGAUAAGGAAUAUUGGAUUUUAUUUUUGUUAAAGAAGACAUCAAACCAGAUCUGUCCAGUACUGAAAAUGUUCUUAGUUUAAGCAAUAUGUUCGAAAAGAGAGGAAAACAACUGCAUCACCCACAGAUUUAGAAUGAAGUCUAAAAUGCCUUUGCAGGGUAUACGUUCUGCUUACGUCAGAAGUUUACUAAUUGGCUGUGGUAUUUCCAGGCAGAAGGAAGACUCCAUUGACGAUAAGUUCAUAUUUAAAUAGAGCUAUGCAGGUACGGAAUGGGACUUUGGCAGUAAGCAUAUCAAAUUGAUGUCCUACGGGAACAACUGACACCAAACCGUGUUCUUCCAGGGAGUCUAGACGGCUGCAUCUUUCUCAAGUAAAGAAGCCUAAGUAACCUCUUUUGUGACAAGUCUCGUAAGAGGAUUUCUGCCAGAGAUAGGGCAAUGAGGUGCCCAGAACUAUAAACAGAAUGAACUGCCGACAAUGACGAGGGAGACUGGGAUUGCUAUUUCUGACUUGUUAGCCGUCGCCAGAAAGGUAUACUCGACCUCAGGUCCAAAUGACCUGGGUUUCAAAGCAUGAUUCCCUAGCCAUUGAGCGUUACGUAGUCCUACGCUCUACCAGUUAGCCACGGACUUGUUGGCCCGUCGGUUGCAGUCCAAAUCCUUAAUUACGGUUUAGAGUGACAGGCACUGGACUUGCCGAUAGUAAGCUCACACUUGAGUACCAUUAAAACUCAGUCAAACUUCUUGACACGGCUGACGUCCAACAAGACGUUGCAGGACAGAUCCAACUAGCCCGUUGAAAUAGCAAGAAAAUGUAUCAAACAUUCUGAAAUACAUACGUUGGUGAAUGUACUUGGAGGUGAGUUUGGACAGUUUUCUAUCUUAGGAUUUCCGACAGACCUUAAUGCCUUCUAACCUCCGGGGUCAAAAUAUUUGAAUCUCAUAUGCAUUUAAGAGAACGUUUGGUGCAGUAGCGUCCCUACACUUCAGGAUCAGGCCAUUAGAGUUGAUCUGAUUAGCACCUAUUUCAAAUCGAUAGAAUGAGAGACCGGUGUUGAGUAAGUCAGGCAGUUUAUGUCUGGGUUCACGUCAUUUGGGCUAAUCACUAUCUGAGCCAAAUCGUUCGCCGUGAAACCCCAUGGAACUCUUCGUGUACCUUUUAGGAUGCUCUUCCGAAUGCUGUCCCUAAGCAAACUGCGAAGUUCCUACUUUGUGGCUUUUGUACUGGGUGUCGUCUCGUGUAUGCUUCUUAUUUACACGAACGACUUACACACUCUGGAAGUUUCGUCUUCCUCCUUUGAUAAGGAAGCCUUCAGCCAACGUCUCGGUAAGUCGAUCGAUCACAUAUCAGAAGAGUUGAUUUAAAAUGGAAAAGGGUCUCGUUAACCUUGUGUGUAUUUAUGGGUCUUAAGUAUUGUGUGCGCAUGUCAUGCCACGCCUCAGCAAACCAUGACCCUCACUGGCAGUUCUCUGACACCUGAUUCUCUGUGGGUGGAUGUGCUCGUGUCCCCCUGAUGAGUAUACGGGCCGUGCGUAUGGGUGUCCAGUGACUGACGUGUGAUACCUCUCUUUCUGAGCCUUUUUGUUGUUGGUAAAAAGCCCGGUCAAGCAACAUUUGCAGACCAGGGGGUGUGAAUUGGAACGCCAAGGUGCGCAUCCUGCCGUGCCAUCCACCUGCGCUCUCCCUCACCUCCGGUCUUCUUGACUGUCUGUCUGAAACCGGGCUCAGGUGGGAAGGAGCAGAGAGAGAGAGAGAGAGAGAGCGGUAGAUGCUGUGCAAGUCUGCUUUCACAAUGAACUGCUUCACGCAUAAGUCGCCGAGCCUGCUCACAUCUUGUUGUGGAGCACACAGCAGACAUCAUCUUUUAUGAUGGUCGGACUGUUAGUCCUAGCCGCAUUCUGCAAAAUCCAAUUGAUUGUGCGGAACACCAGAUCGCGCAACGCCAGACUUACUGAUGACACGCGUUUAUCAUGCCAGACUAUAGCUUCUGCCUUACGUGCGUGUGGCGUGUCACGCCUCGGACGGAGGCUUUCAUGUCGUGUCGGCCACUGCGCCCAAUCCCUUUACCAGCUGACUGACAGGUUCAGACAGUUGGCCGGUGCAUGACUAAGAGAGAAGUGCGGAUAAGACCGGGAGAAUUCAUCAGUACGGCACACCAGCGCCUAAUUCCUCAUAAAAAGCCAGCACGCGCGUUGAAUCAAUCACGACGCGUUAACAGUCCUGGCUUGGAGGGCUGGCAACUGAAACGACAACUUGGUUCAUCACGAAACCGAGUGUCGGGACCCACCGGCUCCUUUAUGUGACUCUUGUGGAAUCCCCACUGACGUGAGAUCCCAGUUGCCUUCACAGAAGUCUGCACAUGUUUUGGAGACAAACCCGCGCAGCUGAACUGUUUAGUCUUGUCAGGCGCUGAGCUAACACACCCGUCCGCCGUCGUUGCGACCUUGUCUCGCCAUCGGAACAUGGUGGACAUUGGAAGAUUGAAGUGACCCAAGGGCUGUGCAAACGGCUUCACGAUAAGCCAAUUCGCAUGCAAAUCACAUGUGUGCAUUCCUUACGGUGCGUGAUGGGCCCCGUCACCUGUGACGAUCAAACUGCCGUCUGUUCACUCAGAGGGCAACAAAGAGGCUCGGGUGUUCCACACUUCGGGCUUGGGUAUGGCUGGCUGACGACGGCUAAUAAGCCAGAAAUGGCCAUUCCAGUCUCCCUUGUCUUUGUCGGUAAUACUAUUCUGGCAACAAAGAGUGUCCUUAAACACGACCAAGAAGUAGGGUUUUCGCUGUCCUGUGCGGGACUUCUCUGUCCGCUCGGCCUCUUUAUAAAUCAGAUUGGCGCAGAAAUGUCGAACAGCAGUUCAAAAAUCCUGUCUUUACUGGUAAAGCGAACAUCAGUGGCAAAACCGCACGAAAAGGUGAAGACCCAAGAAAAUUUUGCGUAUAAUAGAGCAGCAAAAUUUUACAGGCGUCGUGCUCGUAAAAAAACUUUGGUUCAAGCCCUAAAAUCGCUUUGGAUCAAGCUAUGCUGUAAAUGUUCGUGUCCGCAUCCUACCACGUAGCGUUACAGUGAAGAAAUAUGGCAGGUUCUCCCCCCUUUCUCCCUCCUCCCCAUGCUCCUAACACAAUUGAGCCGUACUCACCUCUGGUUCUGACAGUUCUGGACACCCUCAACCCUCUCCAUAAUGACAUGUAUUUACUUAGAAGUCCUAAAGCUGUUCACGAGCCAUUAAGCCGCUGGUCCAGUACAGAGAGUUGAGAGCGGGCGAAUUUAAUAGUAGUGCUAAAAUCUACAGUAGGUGGGCUAACUCAUGAAAUGUCAACCGAAAUUCCGAAAUGCGUUUUCGUUUCGAAAAGAUUAAUUAAGUAGCGUUGUAAAACUAGUCAGCUUGCAAUAUAAUUCUAUAAUGUUUCAGUUAGCUUAGAGGGCCGGCUAUCGAAUGAACUUCUUUCCUUCAUACAAAAUCUACACUUUGCAAAAAAUGAUUAAUUAUGUGGCGUGCAUUUUUCUCAUUGAUUUUCGAUGCCCCUAGAAGUCCAAUCAUGGAAAACAUGCAUAAGAAUAUUCAUUCCUUUGCUCAUUCGGUUAAUAAUUACGUCUUCUUCCAAUCUUAUACUCGAAGGAAGGGUAUAUUUUGAUUUACAAAAAGUUUUCCAAAUCGCGAAUAAUUUUGAACAUGCUCUACCGUUACACUUGGAUUCGGGGUUUCUAAAGUACAAGCAGUAUGUUUUCCGUGUACGGCAAACCAAACAUUUUUUCUAAGUUAAUUAAGUGGGACCAUAUAGGGUUCAUAAAAUAUAGAAGUGAACUUGAUCCAUAUUGUUAAAUUUACGAGCCACAGAGACAUGGCGAUUUAUGCACGGCCAUUUAACGGUAUUUAAAAGUCUUACAAUUAGAAACUUUUUAAAACCGAUUUAUGUCCCUCCUUCGAGCAUAAUAUUAGAAGAAGAAGAAGAAGAAGAAGAAGAAGAAGAAGAAGAAGAAGAAGACGUAAUUGUCUGCCAACUGAGCAAAAGAAUGAAUAUUCUUAUGCAUGUUUUUCGUGAUUAGACUUUUAGGGACAUCGAAAAUCAAUGAGAAACAUGCAUGCCACAUAAGUAAUCCAUUUUUGCAGAAUGUUGUCCUUUCAUGCAUCCAGAGCAAAGUUCAUUCGAAAGCAGACAUCCUUAAGUAACUGAAAUAUUAUAGGAUUAUGUUGCAGGCUAACUAGUUUUCCAACCCUACUUAAUUAAUCUUUUCGAAAGGAAAUGCAUUUCGGAAUUUCGGUUGGCAUUUCAUGAGUUAGCCCACCUACUGUCCACUUUGUCUUUAUUGAAAAAAAGCGCAUUUCCACUUAGGAGUAAUAGUAAGUUUGAUAAAGAGUAGGAGCGAUCGCUGGAGUUGGAGCUUUAUUCGCCUAGCGUUCCGGAUUCUCACCCGAAACCCUCGUCAGAGACAGUGACAGAUACGGGUUUAUUUCCUAGAAUGAAAACAAAUGUGGACGUCUUAGGAAGACAGCCUUCUGUAUAUGUGGGGAAUUUAAAAAGUUCGGUGAAUAUUAGAACCUUCGGGGAACUUUGCGCGAUAAGCUUUUUGAUUUUUUCGUUGCUCUAGAAUAAAAUCAAAUAAUAACUUAAACCAAAGAAACUCUGUCGGAAUUUUACAUGAUAAAUCAGUAUGAUAUAUGGCGGAAUAUUCCUAUUUUGCAACCUGUUAGUUAGGAGGCCGACGCCCUAACCUUUGAUGCACGGGCUCGUUGUCCUCUCUGAUGCGAUCGAGUAUAUUAAAAGUUGUAGAGGGGGCACGUACCGACCAUGUUGCGGAAUUCACUCGUCCCGCUGUGUUUUAGGGCUCUCUCUCUAGUCCCGUCAACAGCCACACAGAGGUGAAUAAUAUAGGCAGAAUAGCAUCGUUGAUCGCAACCGACAGGACAACGAACGGGUAGCUCACUAGUUAGGGCGUUUGACUUCUAAGCAACAGGUCACAAGUUCGACCCCCGAGAAUCGGAUAUCUCAAAGUUGAGUAUUGCCGGCUAUUGACAGCUAACAAGGUAGAAAUGGCUAUUCCAGUCUCUCUUGUCCUUGUCGGUAAUGCCAUUCUGCCUAUAUCACACGCCGCUGUGCGGCUGCUGGCGGGGCUCUAAGGAGUGCCCGUAAGGCGCAACGGGACGAGUGAGUUUCGUAGAAAAACGAUCGGUGAACGCCACUCUACCAUUAUUACAAUUUAUUAUGUUGGCUAAGUCUGAGAUUCGGCAAGGGGUUUAAGUAAUCAAGAUAGACACAUUUGUGAAAGUACGGCGGCUACAGUUAUAACUUCCGAUUUGCAGGUUUCUCGGUAUGAAAGACCGGAUAUGAAACAAGUUCGCACACGCGGUUGCUCAUUAAAAGGCAGUUAUACAUGAAGAGUGCGUCAGUGAGGACAAGAACAUUUGAAUUGCCAUUUCUGGGAGGGGAAUCAAAGCGUAGUUUUAACGUUCCGCGUUACCGUUGAACCACAGCACUGAGCCUGAUUAAAAUUUGGCAAAAGAGGCAUUUCCGAAAUCACAAGAGUAGACGGGCACGAAGUCGAUUAAAUUGGAGUAACGAGGCCACGCCAGGUGAGCACCUCAAAUUAACUAUUGUGCAGCGAUGUUACCGUAUGAGCACUUAAAUAUUAAAAAUCCUUGAACAUCGCUACCACGUCUCGAAGUCAAGCAUCCAACCAUCAUGCGAUUGUCUCCGAAGUAGAAGGGCCAGAGUACUCUCAGGAACGAAUGACAAAGGCCACGACGACAGCGAUCAUGACGACGAUGGCGGACAACACCACCACCACCACUAAUAGUUCGACUGUCAUGGCGAGACCCACCGUGCGCCCACGAACUGAGCUCAGGCCGAUUACUUGCGGCUGACUUGCGCCGCACCUACCUCAUUCUCUUCUCACCCACCUUUCUCAGACGCAGAGGCAUUUUUGAGACUGUCGGAAGUGGGUAUGGGGAGCCAGCACCCCAUCCUCAUCAUCAUCAUCAUCAUCAUCAUCAUCAUCAUCAUGGCCACCGUCAUUGCCGUUGUCCAAAACAACAGCGCAAUGCCAAUAAUAAUGUGAAUGGCCACUUCGACGACUACGAUCUUUAACGACGUUUUUAAAUGACCAUCGACUGUAAUGAUGGUAAAACGGUAAGGUGUGUUUUUGUAGCCCCACCUGAUAGACACAAUACGGUUGGAGUUGGGAUUAAGGGUUAGGGGUUAGGGUUAAGGGUUAGGACUAGCGCCUGGGGUUUAGAAUAAAGGACUACAGUUAGGGCUAGGCUUAGGGGCUAGCGCAACUACUUCUUAACAAUUGAAAGUACAACCACGAACUCCCCAUAGCUUUUCUUUUGCAUACAAGUACUUGACCUCAUCAACUGUGCGUUUUCCGGCUCCACCUGUAAAACCCCUAUUACCACCGGUCCCGUAUUAGACGUGACUGAGGUUUGUUCACUUCAGGUGGGGCUGUAAAACCACAUCCGAUCGGUGAAACUGCUGACUUCCCUAACUCAGAGAUAAUCAGUUUUAAUUCGCAUUUCAUUUGUAUAAUAGGGGCUACGUUUACGAACCUGGAGCCUAAAAAAGCGUUUUUGUAAAUAAAAUUGUAGCACGAAGGAGGGCGAGAGUGAAACUAAGAAGGCUGGAAAUAGAAAGCUUUCGAUCUACAACCCAUCUACUUGCACAAGUUGUUAAGACUCUUAAGAAGUGGUAUGCGGCAGUUAGUAUACUUCUAAAGGAGAAAUGAAUCGUUUCUUUAGGGGAUAUGAUAAUAUCAAUUCUGUCGUCGCCGCUGUUUACUAUAUGUAUUUAUUGAAAUCUAAGUUAUCGCACACACAAGCACAGGAAAACCUGAUCCUUGGUUUUUGCUGAACAUCUGCGACUGCUUGUUUGAAACGCCGGUCAAAAGACCCGCCCGUCCGAACUGCAUACCAGCAAAGGUCAGGUAACUCUUAUGGAUGGUGCGAAAGGCAGACAUAAUCGGGCAUCUCUCAAAGUUGCUCAGGAUUGAACCUCUAGUCCUUACGUGUCGUACUGUCUUAAGUUAUAUCGCCGUAAUCCUCCACUUACAGAUCCCGAAGAGCAAUUCAGGCAUCCCGCAGUAGAGAUGGCACCUUUGGAACGUGAUGAGAAACUGCGGAGAGGCGAAUACAGUUGCCCUUCACGAAUGGAAGCGAAUAUGCGAGUCCCAGGAUCCUGCUGCAAAAAAGACGAACCCGCAAUCACUGAGGCAGUACGUGUGUUAGUCUGAGCUUUCGGUCUCUUACAAGGUGGACUCAGCCUUACGGCGAACACCACCACCGCCUCCGCUCCUAUCCCCCCAACUCCUUUGUUUGACUACAAAACUGCGCAUUUGACGCCGCACCCUCACAGUCUCUGUGUGAGAGCGAAAGCCCACGUACUGCUGCAGUGAUCACGCGUUCAUGUUCUCUGCAGCAGUUGCCCUUCUUUGUUCACUUAGCGUCCUUUAUCUGUCAUACCCUACCGUGGUGAAGUCUCGGCAUCUUGACCAAAACCAGCGAGGCAGGCAGCCAAUGAGCUAUGGGCUUCCGACCCUGGUUUGGGGUAAAACGUGCAGACAAGAAACAGUAAUGCCAGUCUCGAUUGCAAGCCCUUGUCUGCAUGCGGUCGCACGCGGGAGCCGUUUUCAAGGGGGGAGGGGGGGGGGCAAAAUCUAAACAGAACGCCUAUGAAGUCUUUUUGUGCCUCAGACCGAGUGCCUAAAUACCCUCCGCAGCUUCUCGGUAGGGCCUACUCUUCCUAGCAUUAUGUAGCCUUUGCAUGAAAAUGUCACAAGUACUUUGUUGUUUAGGUGAGAACUUUUUGGCCGACGAAUUGGCGAUCAAGGUUAGAAUCUACUGCUUCAUUUUGACUACGCCAGCUGCAAAAGAAGUGAAGGCGGUCCACGUGAGGGAGACCUGGGCCAGUCGGUUCGACAAGUUCGUCUUCAUUAGCAGUGAGGACGACCCGGAUUUCCCCGCGUUAAGUUAGUUUUCUCAGCAUUUUCCUACCUCUAACGCCUACUCUACAUCCUCCAAGUUUGAUAAAAAGUUUCUUUUAGGACUCCCACUGAGUACUGCAUCGAGAAAUAUUUCAUUUCCUGUUAGUCAAAUGCUCCCACAUGAUCCUCGAUUUCUACCGGACGUCACGAAAUCGACCGGUUUUCUGUAUUGCAGCAAUGCAUUUUGUUAGUCGAAAUUAGGCGGCCGUUGUGACUGUACGAUGCAGUUAUAUCUUGCUGGGAUAUCUUUUAAAUAGCACGAGAAGGGCGUUUUUCUACAGUCUAGAGUCCGUCACAGACAGUAACAGCGAUAUGUGAUCAUGCAGGGAGGCCGGCGAAAAUAGAGGAGACUGGGAUGGCAACUCCUGGCUUACUAGUCGUCCCGAGUCAAUCAUACCAAAUACCUGGGUCUGUGUAACCUGAAAUUUGAGCCCGGAUUCUUUGGUAAGUGAGUCUGUAUCCCAGCGCUCCACCACGAAGCCACGAGCCCCGUUGUGCUGCCGGUCGCAAUAGGGGAUAUUCACUAUUGUGUGGAGGGACUUCAUCGAUCCGUGUUCGAAUCGCUGGUUGUCUGUACCUAGGGCCUAUGCUAUUUCGCGCAGACGUUGAAAAUAGGGUAAGUCAGUUAACCAGACCCCAGGCCGUCGCGGUUUGGUGAUGUUACUGUUGUGCGUUUGCAGAUGCUUAUCCGUCAGUCACAAAUUAGCUCGUUUCUUAGUUUGUUACCCACGAGCCUUGACCUCACCGGAUAAUCAACAGUUAGGGUAGCGGACAGGACCACUUUAUUUGCACCAGUAAGCGAAACUUGACAAACUGUGUAAGCCAACUUUGGAUGUAGAAGCGAUUCCACAAUGAGUUCGCAGCAAUGCUUGAGGGCGUCCCAAUGUCAACUAGAAUUGCGUAAUAUGCUUUUGAAUAGAAUUAAGUGCUUUGGUGGGGCCAUGUUGCAACAUAAUUCGAAGAUAUUAAAACAACGCCAAGAUGCUGGAUUCUGAGUGGCUUCCUUUGUCGCCGCUCGUAAAAUCCACACUAGGUAAAACGGGCUGCUCUAGUAGUAUGAAUUUCUGCGUUGAUUUUCGAGGGCAUUAUAAGUUAAAGUAUAUUUUGCAAAAAAAUGCACGAAAACAUUCUUUCCCCAUUGUCAUGUGAUAGCAAAUAACAUCUUCUUGACAUAUUAUACUUCAAGAAAGGGUAACUUUCGGUCUGAAAGGUUCUUAAUUUCGAGAUAUCUUAAAAACGUGGAAUUCGCUUUCAUAUAGCCUUAUGUCUGUUUAUUUCUUAAUGUUUCCCAUGAAGUAUGCAACAGGAUCCGCAUUCAAUGCCACAAUCUUAUGAGCGAUAUAUGAGGUCUUCCUAAGAGGGUAGAAAAAUACAUGAUUUUCCUCACACGGAGAGUUUACAGCGUAUAUUUCGGAAGCCCUACGCGCUAGCGCAAUUGGAUGUGGUGUUCAAAAUUAUUCGGGAACUGAACAGUAUUUUCAACACCUGCAGAUACACUUUCUUCCCACAUUAAAUUUGAAAAAGACUGCAAUUUGCUAUCAGAGGAGUAUAGGAAGGUAUUUUCUCUUAUGCUUUCCAUAAACUAUUUAAAGUUGUGAGAGCAUCGGAAAUAAAUGAAACAAAUUCGUACUAUUUAAAUGGACUUUUUUUUACUAGCAAGGCUUUUGCAGACCGGCAUCCUGCAGCGGUCGGAAAAUGUUAACCUUACUCUAGGCGAAAAUCACCAACGUAAUCCUUUCCAGGCAAGAAAACAUUUUGAAAUUUCCAUCAACUUUUCGUGAGACGGGCAGAGCAUUCUGCAACAGGCUUGUCCUCCUGCUGGAAAAGUUGCUCGUUUUUGCCCACCCGGAGGUUGGGGGUAGAGAUACCGGGAGCUAGCACCUCUUACCUGCUCGUCAGAUUAUCACACCUGUCCUGUCUGUCACUUAAAGAAGGCCGCAUUGGGUUGCGCUUAGAGGGCCUGACUAAAUCUAUAAGUCCAAAGGCGUGUGAACUCAACUCUUUACUCUCCUAAUAAAAAGGAAUUUAUGACGCAUUUUGAAGGUUAACUUCUGCUUACAGAGGCUGUCGAUUCGGAGUCAAGGAAACACCUCUGGCUAAAGACGCGGUUCGGCGUCAUUAAUGCCUACAGGAACCACCUCAAUGACUUUGACUUUUUCAUGAAGGCCGAUGAUGACACUUACGUCAUUGUUGAAAACUUGCGUCUGCUGCUGUCGACUAAGGAUCCGGCUGAGCCUAUACUGAUGGGGCGAAAGUUCAGUGUAAGUCCCCUGCUUUUUAGUGUAAAUUUAUCUCGCAGCUACACCAUUUAAGGGUAUUUGCUAUCACGAUUAUGUGUGUGUGUAACUUUGUAAAAGUCAAAAGGAUUCUGAUAGGUUGAAUACCCACGACUUUAUGGCGGCCAGCAGGGAUAUGCUGAUUUGGAGUGAAACGUACGGAGUCUUGAGCAGUUGGAUUAGAGCACGAAAACCGACUCGUAUGGAUGUUUUAAGUAUUAGUAGUGCUGCAAUUUGUACCAGCACUACGACUACUCUUAUUAUUGCUACCAGCAUUGCUGUUGCUGGUGUCUCUGUUGCUACUUCAAUUAUUAUCAAUUACACCAGUUAUGAGUUUUCAGCCUGCAUGGUGCAUCGUCUACCUGUAGGGUAAGUUAUGACUUUGUUCAUACAAUAUAGGGUUCACGAAAUUGUGCACUGUUUGUGGGCGGCUUUAAUAAGUGGACAGACACAAUGGUAUACGAAUGAACAUUCCGCGGUCUUAAAAAAUCUCAUAAUUACAAACUUUUUUAAAACUGAAUGGCAAGCCUUAUUCAAGUACAACAACAGAGCAGGAUGUAAUUUUCUACCAAAUAAAUACAAGAAACAAUGUUUUUCUAUCUGUUUUCUACAGAAUAUAUUUAUAUUUACAGCGGCGUCGGAGACCAAUGGGAGAAAUUCAUACUACAUAAGUGGUCAGUUUUAUCCGAGUGUAGCUUUUGUUGUUCGCCGGAGAGAGACCUAUUCGAAAGCCGGCAUCCCUGCGUAACUGAAAUCUCAUUGAAAUUAUGGUCGACGACAGGCCGACCGUCGUUUCCGACAACGUCCACCAUGUGCUACACAUGAAGAUGAAGCGGGGACGGUGACCUGCACGUGAAUUAAUUCAUAGUCAUGGUAGGCUUACGCAGCGCCUACCACACUCUCUCCUCCCCCACCUGGAUUCGGUGUCAAGACUGAGCCCAUAGACCUCAAAUAUACUGAUCUACUGCAAGUUCGGAGUUAAUUUCUAGGGAAAUUAAAACGCAACAAUGUUAAGACAUAGUCAAGAAGACCGGGACUGGGGUGGGCGCAGGUGGAUGGCGCAGUCGAGACCGCACCUUGGCGCUCCAACCCACAUCUGUUCCACUCAGCAAAGGACCAGGUUUUGGACCAACAACAACAAUGGGGGUGUGGCAGAGGUGCCAGUGGGCGCGACGUCUGCCGGCAAUUGGGUCUGCCACCGCACCCCCCGAGAGGUUGGCAUUUGUUAUGGUGUGCAUUCCGAUAACGCCUGCCAGAAUCCGAUAUGGACCCCGUGUUGGUCCAGCGCAUCUACCUCGUGGCCCGUUUUGGGGAGGGGGGGUCAUGGUCGACGAAAAUCAAUAUCACAACACCACCCGAGUAAUCCUUUCUAAUAGGAAACUUAUUUCAGAAUUACAAUCAAACUUUCAUAAGAUAGGCCAGACGUGGCCAAAAUCUGUCCAUGGAGCUGACUGAAGGGCAAAAUCUCUACGAAAUAAGUAAUCAAUGGACAAAGUGUGCCAAAGGCUGAUUGCGGACCCUUUUGUAAUGGUAUUCAUGCAUGUUGGAUACACCUCCACGCACUCCCCAAGUGCUGCGUCCAGACAGUUCUCACUGCCUUUCCUCAAGGUAGUAUGGGACUGAAGAGCUUUCCAGCUGGAUGUACAGUGUGUGACCGAUCUCAUGUAACGUUGGCCGAAAUUCUGAAAUGUGUUUUCGAAUAGGAGAGAAUACUUAGAUAAAGCUGUGAUACUGACUAUUAGGCGGCAUCAUCCUAUAAUAUUUCGGACUCGCCAGGAUGUCGGCUUUCGAAUGCACUUUUUUCGGUCUCCCGUAGAAACUGCACUCGGUAAGAAUGCCUACUUAAGUAGCGUGCGGUUUUCACAUUGAUUUUCGACCGUUCCAUAAAUUCAAAUAUAUUUUAUAGACAACGUGUACAAAACAUACUUUCCUUCGCUUAGUUGGCAGAAAAUCACGUUUUCUUCACAUCUUUUGCCCGAAGAAAGGGUUUAUUUAGGUUUUGAAAAAGUCUCCUAAUCCGUGAAUAAUUCUGAGCCUGAUCAGCCGUUGCAUUAGCGUUUAGCGAUCUCAGUCUACAAGAUGCAUGCUUUCUGCGUGAGGAAAAUAAUAUAUUCCUCCCUGUCCCUAAGAAGGUGCCAUAAAGAGUUCAUAACACUUUGCAAUGGAUGCGGACUAUGUCGCACAUUUCACGAGAAGCAUUGAUAGAAGGACAUGUGCAAUGCUGUAUGAAUGAACAUCGCACGGUCCUCAAAAUCUCAUAAUUAGAAGUUUUUUGAAACCGGAUGUUGAUCUCCCUUAGAAUAUAAAACAUAAAGACAAUGUGGUUUUCUACGAAACGAUUAAAAUGAAGCAUAUUUUAGUGCGUGUUUUCAAUAAAAUAUAUUUGAAUUUAUAAGACCAUCGAAAAUCAAGGCUAAAAAUGAAUGCGAAUUGAGUAGUCAUUUAUCACCGGGUGCGAUUUUAACAGGUCGAAAAAAAGUACAUUCAAGAGCCCACAUCCUUGCGAGUCGGAAAGGCCAUAGGAUUGUGCUGCAGGAUAAUUACAAUCCUGCCUAAGUGUGUGCUGAUGGGUAAUUAGCAAGCGGAGGCUUUCAACAGUUGUUCCGCCGAAACCGGCCGGGCCGAACCUUCAGGUCAUGCCCAGAUUGUACACUACACUGCCGUCCUUCGCAAGCUGCAGGCACAUUGCGUACAAAACAAUCGAGAAAAAAGUGAAUUUUCUGGUAUAAAUUCUGGGAACUUUUGCAAUUUUUAUCCUAAUCAGCACUUCCCGACGAGUGAGUUCACUUGCUCUUUCACCUACCAAAGUUGUGCAUAUAAAUGGCAUUUUUUCCUCUCCUAGAAAUACGUCGCCCAAGGCUACACCUCCGGCGGCGCGGGUUAUGUUCUCUCCCGGGCCGGCCUAAAGGCCAUUGCUGAGGGUAUGCUCAGGAAUGAGACAGGCUGCGAGCCCGUUCAACAAGCAGAAGACUACCGAAUGGGUGAGGCCGUAGCCGUUGUUUAAAAAUUCUAUUAAAACACGACACGCGUUCGCGCAAAUGAUGAGAAAAGUUUAAAUCAGCACCAUACUUCGACCGGUCGUUGCUGGGAGUAAAUAAAAAGCAAAGCUAAGAGACAGUUUUGGAUCACAGUGGUUUUUACAGAAUCGCACCACCUUUUGCGGACGGACGAACAGUGGGAUGUGUGAUAAACAUAUCAGAAAAAAAUAAGGCUACUGUAGGUGUCGAAGGGUGUGAUGAGUCGCCAGGACAAUAAUCCCCAAAUCACAAGUCCGGGAAGACCUGAUUGCCGAAGUAAUCUUUCAACGGAGAGAACACUUGGUGUUCACCAAGUAUCAACGAAAGUUCUGGGUUCGUUAUGUUGACGACUCCUUGGUCGUUGUCAGAACAAGUGACAUUUAUUAUAGUGAGGAAUUACUGGACUUGGAUGACCCGAAUAUCCAAUUCACGCUGGGAGUGGAAACAAACAACUUACUGUUCUCUCUUGACGUGCUUUUGCGCCGAUGUGCAACUGGACAGCUGCAAACUACAGUAUUCAGAGGCAAGUACUACACUUCAACAGUAAGAACCCUCUGUCUAAAAGACAUAGCUGUGUGCACACUUUAAUUCAAAUAAUUUAAACACCCUCCAACGCAACAAAAGAUAAAAGGGCCGAAUUACAGUACAGCUAGUAGUUGUUCCAGCCAUUUAACCGAGAAAAGCAGGCGCCGAGCUCAGACGAUGGCCAAAAGGAACAGUAGCCCGAAGUCUGGAGGGCCAUUCCCUGUAUUUAAGGGGUCACCCAGGCAGUCUGUCGACCGUUACAACCCGCCAGAGCAGGCAUAGCCUGGCAACAAUUCGGCGCCGCCUGAUGCAACUUAAGAGCACGCUGCCACCCACUGAAACCUUAGCGGUUGUCUACAAAAUAGGUUGCAAUGAAGGGCACUGCAACUACGUUGGGGAAACUGAGCGGAAAUUGCGGGCCAGCAACUACGAGACUAGGCCCGAACUUUUUAUUUGCAACGCACUUCGGAGAAACUGGGUAAACUUAUGGUUUUCAGUGAGCUGCCGUCUUAGGCCGGGGCAGCUCAAAGGCAGAACGGCCAUUACUUGAGGCGUGAUAUUCAGAUGUAAUCUCCAUCAAAGGGCAUUUAGAUCUUCCUGCUGUUUACAAAGUCCUGCGUCAUUAUGUUAGUAAAGUCCAUGAUCAGGCGAUCACGAUAGACUUAACGUUAUGCCGAGAUAGGCCGACGAAGAGUUCACUCGACGAGGAAGAAGAAGGAGGACCACCUGACCCACGAAUCCCAACAUAGGCACAAUCAUCUCUCCUCAACGAGAUGGUGAACACAACGCACGCAGUUAAAAAGGCUGCCAAUCAACCCUCCCCCCCGAAAGUCGGAGGCAGCGAGAGCUGACAAAAAUUCGACCAGCAUGAGGCCGACCUCGUCUGCCAUGACAAUGAUGAGCCGACCAAAUUCUCCUAAACCUCAACAUUCCAGUAAACUUUUCCGGUGAGCCCAUCACAUUUCUCAGACAGAUCGCAGAAACGAACUGCCACAGUAACACCGGCGAGACCGAAGGCGGCUUGUAGAGACGCCGAAGGAAACAUUCGUGUCUAAAAACAGGAGUAACGAUACGAUCAGGAAAAUGAACCUGACAUCCAAUGUGAGUGAUAUAUACAGGGUGCACAAGAGAAGAGCGAGUGUACCCUGAGGUUGGAGGGUUGGAGGCUGAUGAGGAAGUUGCGGCUGAUGGCUUCGGACGUGGACGGAGAGGAGGUAGACGGGAGGUAGAAUCCACAUAGGCAGAAGGAACAGCGUUUAUUGGAAUCUUUUUACGAGUGAACAGAUUAAUGGAGUCAGUGUGACUUCGGUGUCGUACAACCUCUGGUUUGUAUGCUUCAACGUGUCUGGCCUGCUGAUUACCAGUGGAGCCUGGUGGCUGUUACCUGUGUUAACCAUCUCCCUGUUUUGCUUCGCUCUCCUAUGUAAACUGCACGCAUGUCAGAAUGGCACUUUCUUCAGCGACAGCCCGACUCCUAGCAGCUGUCUUGCUGAAUGUUUGCCACCCCCGCGCAAGACCUUGUAGUAACUGACGGUUCGACCGUCAAGUCCGACGAUGUCCACUGUUAGCUUUUUCAGCGAGGUAAAGAGGGCACAGUGACUUGCGCGUGAAUUAGUUAAAAGUGAGAGUAGACCUAAACGGCGCCUACUUCACCCGAUCCUCCCCACCUAGGAAGUGAGGAGGGCGCUGGUGGCUGGCACAGCCGGACCCUCACCUAGGUGUAUCACCACACCCCCCGGUACACGACAAACACGUGACCAAGAUUUUAACUGACAACGACAGCACUACAGCGGAUGGGAAGGACCAGGAUAAUUAGACAGCCAUGUCCACCGCCUGUAUACCCAGCGGGAGCGCAAACACAUCUACCAGCAGGAAAUCAGGUGCCAUAGAACUGCCAGCGCACUCCAGGCUGCAAGAGUUAUGGUUUGCUGAUCCUCGCAUAGGAAACGCUUACAAUCCUUGAUGCAUUUUUAUGAACAACAAUCAGAGUCAUGACCCCCUGGGCGGUAUGGGGCGCUAACUAGGACUCCUGCUUCGAGCUCCGAAAGGCUCACUGAUGUUUGUGCCUCCUCGUCUUUAUUCGUUGAUACUGGUCAGCGUAACGGGCCGCGCUACUGAUGCACUGAAGCGAAAGGAAACUAGACCGGCUCAUGGAAUGCAUUUAUCGAUCCCUGAUAGCUUCCCUUCGAUGCUAUAAGUGCUGACGUACAUGACUGCGGUAGAACGCGUUAGACGUAAGUAUUGACGGCGACUAAGCCGCUCUGUCCAAUCCCAGCCCCAGCUGGCUGACUGACUUGGACAGUCGACGGGGUCAUGUGAGUGGGGAAUGUGGUGGCACUGGGGAACCCAUAUUAACGGAAAAGCCGUCUGUCCCUUACCGUAGUAAAUCUAACGUUACUUGGGUCUACCCCGCUGGACUAAAAGUGGUGACUUCGGAGUUUGCCAAAUGAGCAUAUAACUCGGUCCCUGUAGGAGUAUUUCGGAGGGACUGGGAGAAUGGCUGAUAGGCUAUGGCGCUUCCUUCUCAAUUUGACCUUCAUGGCCUUCUCACUGAUUUAAGAUUCGGACGGCUCUUACCAGUACUUUGAUAUAUGCAGUAAGGACUAGCUCGUGUGUGGUAAGCGUAGACGACCCAGAUACCUCUGUCAGCCACUGCGUCUGGGCUCCCCUGCGGUAGUCUUUACAUCGUAAUUUUAUCGGGGCGAGGUGAACGAGAGAGGGGGAGAUGCCGCAGAUACUGCGCAAGUCACCCUUGUUGCGCCGACACCGUCGGAUUUUACUAAUACUCAUUUGGCUGUUAGAUAAGAGGGUUUUGGUGCGCAUACACCCCUUACGUCUGCAGUGUUGACAUUUCAAAAUCAGUUGCACGUGGUGGUAUACCUAUUUUCAAGAGGUACUCCUCUUUCUACCGUAGGUGGACUAACUCAUGAAAUGUCUACCGGAAUCUCGAAAUGUGCUUUCGUUUCGAAAAGAUUAAUUAAGCAGGGUUGUAAAACUAACCAUUAUAUCGCAUAAUUAUAUAAUAAUUCAGUUACGUCAGGAUGCCGGCGUUCGAACGAACUUCUUUUCGACUGCAUGCAAAAACUGUACUCUGUAAAAAUGACAACUUAUGUAGCAUGCAUUUUUCUCAUUACUUUUUGAUGCCCCUAAAAUUCGAUUAUAUUUCAUGAAAAACAUGCCUAAAAAUAUUGAUUUAUUGGCCCACUCGGCAUUCAAAGUUCCUAAACUACAAGCUGUAUAUUUUUCGCGUACGGAAAACCAUAAAUUUCUUUACGGUAAAAAGAGGCGAUCAUAUAGGGGUUCAUAUAAUUUGACAGUAGGUUUGAGCCACAUUGUUAACUUUACAAGUCACAUCGGUAACUUCAGAGACAGGACUUUUAUGAACGGCCAUUUCAUAAUGUUAAAAAAUCCCACAAUUAGAAUUUGUUAAAAACUAGAUUACAGCCCUCACUCGAGUAUAAAAUUGGAAGAAGACGAAAUUUUCUACCGAAUGAGCAAAAUAAUGAUUAUUUUACGCAUGUUUUCCAUGAAAUAUAAUUGAAUUUCGAAGGGCAUUGAGAAUAAAUGAGAAAAAUGCAUGCUACAUAAGUAGUCAUUUUUUACAGAGUACAGUUUUUGGAUGCAGCUGGAAGGAAAUCCUUCCGAACGCCGGCAUCCUGAGGUAACUGAAUUAUUAUGGAAUCAUGCUGCACGAUGAUUAGUUUUACAACCCCUCUUAAUUUAUCUUUUCGAAACGUAAACGCAUUUCGGAAUUUCUGUUGACAUUUCAUAAGUUAGUCCGCUUACUGUAGUUACCGUAACUAAUCUUAUUUCCAGUCGUUCUGGUUAGAUGCUCAUUUUCGCACGUUGUAUGUGGUGGAAGAGGGAUGAUUUGCUUCCGCUGAUACUUAACGCCUCAUCAGUAGAAUGCAAACGAGGUAACAAGACUUUCGAGCAUUUUUGAAGUCCGUCUGCGUCCCCCCGGAGAUUCACCUUCGCAAUGCGUGGGUUCACAUACCCUUCUCUCUUCUAAUUCAGAUGCAUGCAUCACUGUUUAUAGUCGCAUGUUGUCCUUUCACAGUCAUUAUCCGCCGACCACUAAAGUUACCGUGACAGAUGACCGCAGACUCAAUUCGCAGCAAUAGUCAUUUGUAAGCCCGCUGAUCCUCGCAGUUAAAUUUUUUCACUUUCGUUAGAUUUGAAAAGUGUUUUUCUUCCUGUAACAGAUCUGAUUUUUAUUGAAAUACGCAGACAAAGCCUCACAUAUACUGCUCUCCAUACCUUUAAAGACGCUUCGUUGACUUGCGACUUUUAAUUCCAGACCCUCAGGCAACACGCUGAAAGUGUACGAGACCAUUAAAUGUUUUUUUUCCCGGAAUUUCCUGGGUAUCUGAAGGCGCCCUGCACUUUAUUUACUUGUUACUCUUGGUAAAUGCAAGUAAUCUUCAUUUUUUAAAGGCUUAUGCGCGCAGAAGGUCGGUGUAAAAUUGAUCGACACUCUGGACGAGCACGGCAGAGAGACGUUUCAUCCCUUCAGACCGAUCACCAUGGUAAACGAAAAUAUGUUGCGGCGCAUAAAGUGGCUUCCGCGCUUCAACGCACAUCCAAUAAUUAGCGUAAGUCAAAACGUCUUUAAUUUGGAAGCUUUGAUUUGCACUGGAAAAAACCUACAAGUUUCCCUAAUAACCACCUGUCGCUUGAAUAAUAUACUAUAUGAAUCUGCAUCCCUACAUACAAAGUCGUAUGCGUGCUUGUUAGUGGCAGCUCGACCUUUGCGAACGACGAUGUCCACCACAAAUCCUCAGCAUGGCGUGCGUAGAACCUACGGCCUCCGUACAAAUUAACUAUAAUGGGGGAGACUUGCGCAAGAUCUCUCUCCUCACCCGCCAUGCUGCGAUGGCAAGACAAUUCCGGAACGACCGGGGCGGGGGGAGUUGGGAAUGACAAGGCUAAACGACCCGUUUACGCAUGCCGCACGCGAAUUGUCCCCAACUGGGUAUAGCAGGCUUACGUAAGGUCGGCUGGGAUCUCCUAUCAGGGGGCGUACCGUAGAGGUGAGAUCACGACAUACCCUCAUCGUCCAGGUAAGGUUCUUCUGCCUGAUUUUGCUCGAUACGAACAAGACUUAAACAACUGGUCUCUCCGCCUUCAUUUUUUUGUCCUAUCUAUGAGGCUGUCUACUUGAUCGCUUCCUGAUCUCUAACACCACGGAAGCGAGCAGGCUUGGCUUGAGAUGUCGGUCUGAUCUGCUUGUCCCUGCUGCAAUGCGAUCAGCGGAGCAGCUCUGACGGACAUGUGCGUGCGAGAGAGGUAGGACGCUCCUAAAGAUAUAUAGCUGCUAUUCGACGAAGACGAAAGCAAAAAAUGCUUUCGAUUCGUAUUUUAAUGGAUCUUCCUAUGCCAGAAGAGGUGGAGAAGAGCUUCCUCUAGCUUACUGGAUAAUUAUGUUUUAAUACGCAACUGCCGUCCAAGGAUCCAUUUUCAACUGGACCAAUAGAGUCCCGUAGCCAUUCGGCCGAUAUCGGUAGUGUACAGAUCAUCCAAAACUAUGUUCGGAUUUCUCCCGCGAACUCUUCUUCGCGAUGUUUCGGGUCGCAUACUAGUCCCCUGGACUCGUUUGGUCAGGUUAUAGGGCCUUUUUGCCAUUUGGUAGGGGAAUUAGAUUGUUGUAACUCGCUAUGCGGGGGAUGGGGUGUGCAACCUUUAACCUGGUUUUCUAUUACUAUUUGGACGUUUAAUUUACGGAGAGCUCGUCUUGGGACUGACUUUGGCGCGUCCCUGGUCGUGGGUGAUAUCUUUUGUCAAGUUUUUCGGUUUCAAGAAUUCUGCUCAAAAGCCAUUUGGUUUGUCGAUCCCGCAUAAACUGACUUAUUGUGGUAAUUAGAACAAGAAUACUUUGUGAAAUGGGUGGACAAUGAGUUGACUGGCCUGUCAAAGUAACGUAGGUUUAGCCUGAAAUAUAGUUACCCCCCCUGAGAUGGACCUCCAGACCACACUGCAUCCUGUGAACGCGGAAACCCCUAGCACCACUUCUACGCCAUUUUUGAAUGUUGUUCAUAAUGCUUGCGAGAACAGUAUCGCUGAAGCCAACCCCACAAUAACACAUGGCCAAGCUGCGUGUUUCCUACUAACUACUGAGGACUAAGUACUGAACGUUUUCUGUAUACUUGUAGAUCAUGAUGAUUGAAUGUGUCGUAUCAAUAGGAUCAAAUCCUCAUUAUGCUGCUGUAUGAAGCUACCACAGUUUCUUUAUCUGCGGCUUUAUGGCGUGGGCUGUCAUCAAGUCAAUAAGAUUAGUUGUCCAGCUCGUAUGAUGACGCCUCCUUAUCGCAAUGACAGCCACGGACUCGCCGCCCCUUGCUUUCAAUCUGUCCUACGCCAGUCUCGUUUUAAAUUUUGACGGAACGACCUCGCCUGCCCCUCACGCCGCAGUCUGGACAGGAAAAUACAACUUUUUACAAAGUUCUUUUUGUUAGGUCCCUGUAGCAGGUAAGGAUCUGUUAACAGUCGUUCAUAUUGAAAAUCUGUCAGCCACCUCUCUAUCCCCCGCAUCAAACGGUUAACCGGCUUGGACAAUCGAUUUGUGCACAGAAGAGGGAAGGGAAACUGAUGUCGACUCUCAGCGAAUUCACCUCCCCCCCCCUAAACGAUCCGGCGGUGCGUUAAAAUUCGCGGCUUGGGAGGUUGGCGACUAACGAUUCAAUCCAGACCUCGGAAGCAGCCCAGUGUGUGUUUCUGUGGGGCGGUCGACUGAUGGACUGAAAGUCAGAGUGCGAUGGCUCCCUCUUAAUGCGGUUUUUAUGUCAUUACCACUCGGUUGGGAGCUUGGCCGCUUCCUCUAUAUGUGAAAUCUUGGUCCUCUGUGCCUAAACCAGGGGAUCUGAUGACACGCCUAGAUACGGGUUCACGCCGUGACAGCCACCUGCGUCCGAUCCCGCUUUCGGUCUUCUGGACCCUGUCUUGACGCCGUGCCUUGAAAGGUGAGAGAGGGGAGGGUGCGGUAGAUGCUGCGCAAGUAUAUUAUCCCCAUAAAAUAAUUCACGCACAAGUCACCACUCUUACGCUUACCCGGUGGAUAUUGUCGGAAUCGACGGCCAAUAUGUUAGCCCACAGCGCUCGUAGGACUGUCGGACCCCAGCCUAAUCGCUGGAGACAAAAAUAGGUUUUAAGAGCAGAAUUUGGUCUGUUUGUAUUAUUUGACCUCCCUUCUUCCCUUUUCAGGGCGUCGAAUGCUGCAGUGACCAUUCAAUUUCAUUUCACUAUAUGCGUCCCUCGGAUAUGUACAUGACAGAUUUCCUUCUCUACCAUCUGUACCCCUACGGCAUCGCUCGGGACUUGGAAACCUACAGAAAGGCUAUAGAGGACCGCAGCUGA